AUGUUUCAGAUUAUGUCAUAAUUUAAAAACCCAAACAAACAAAACAAGCAGUGAUGGAAUCACUGAACACCGAGGUGAGAGCACGGAAGACUCUGGGGACUGUUGAAUAUGUAGAGUCUUCAGGUUUCACCCAGGGAAUACUGCCAACCAAGAAGGAUGUGGUUCAGAAUAUGCUGUAUUUAUUGCAGCCCAAAAGAGCUGGCCAGGCCCAGCGGUCCAAAGAGGAUGCGGCCCAGUUGCUCGCUGAGCACCUGCAAGAGCACUGGCUGAUUUGCAACUUGCACACCAUUGCAACACAAAAUAUAAAGAAACUUAUCCUCAAAAUGUACGAGGAGUUUACCAGAUUGUAUCAGACCAGAAAGCAGAGACAGAACCAGGCUUUUUCUGAGCGAGCAGACAAGUUCAAUGAGAGUUCGGAGAAGCUCUUUGAUGUAUUUUGUACAGACACACAGAUGAGAAAUAAACUGGAGGAAUACAGUGGAAUAAAAAUGACAAGCAUUGAGUGGAAAUUUCUUGAAGAUCAGAGAAGUGAAAGAAAAAUGUACUAUGAAGAUUUCACAGACAAGCAAGAAUUGAAGAUGAUGGAAAGAAGGCAAAAGAUACAGUGUCUGGAGCACUUCAGAAAACUCGCCAAGGAGGAGAAGGAAGGAAGCAAACCGAAGGAGAUGAAAUACAAAAGUGACGAGCACUCAGACAGAGGCACGAGCGUGGACGAGCCCUUCCCAGCGGAGGAGGAGAAUGGCGGGGCUCCAGCCUUUUCGCUGCGGGGCAGAAGGAAGCGCCGGUGCACGGCAACUUCUGCGAGCGCCCCCAUGCCCCUGGAGUGCCAGCAUAUACGGAUGAGCAUCAGGAGAGUUAGACCUGGGUUCUAUGAGACUGUGGAGAAGGUCAAAAACUGCUAG